CUUGUGAUGGCAGGACAGAAUCCCAGUGAGACUCCACCCCCAUCUCUAGUGUGUGUUCUGUGCCUUCAGGAUGAUAAUGAUGUGGAUAGACUUGGGGAGAAGCUGAAAAAAGGCAGUUUCUGUGUCCAUCAUUAUUGUCUAAUCUUUGCCAAUAAACUCAAGAGAAAGGGCAAGAAACGGCAAGGCUUUCAUGGCCACCUCUUUGCUGACAUAAGGAAGGAAGUAGAACGUGCUGCUAAGCAGGUCUGUUGUGUGUGUGGUGAAUAUGGAGCAGCCACCAGUUGUGGAGACAUAGGAAACUGCCAGAGGACUUUUCAUUUCCCCUGUGGCCAAAAGCAUGGCUUCAUAUCACAGUACUUUGACCCCUACAGGUAA